AUGCCUCCUCGAGCAUCACACUUAUUCACUGUCGAAAGUCCUUCUGUUCCUCUCGUGACCAUUAGUUUUAUUCACUGCCGGGUUCAGUUGCCCCGAGCUGUUGUCUUGCGUCAACCUGAGUUCGCAGAACUGUUCCAUCAGAGUCGCCUCCAAUGGCCUGGCUUAUGUCAAGAACAAGCCGCAAUCGUUGUGAACUAUCUUAUGGAAGAUGUUUAUCGCUCAGAGCGACCUAUCAUAGGUUCUACCUUCGAUUGCCAGCGCCAGGAUCUCCAUGAUGCUAUCAUUCUUCACUUCCAAGGAUUAGUAUACCGUCUCCCCGGUCUUCGUGCACUCUGCCGCAUGGAGAUCAUCCGUGCUGCAGUCACCAUGCCCCUUCUGGCCUUUGUAGGCUGCCUCCCCGGCUACCCAGACUGGAUUCAGAUCAACAGUCGCUGGUUCGACCUGUUGCUCUACCAUCGCAUCCGUAUGGAAAUCCCUGAUGCUGUAUCGGCCGACAUACAGGAAUUCCGGUCCCUUGAGUUUAUCACGCACUAUUGUCUUGUUGUUGCCGUUGCCGGCACCCUCUACAUCGCUCUUGACGACAUCAACCAGGGUGUGAGUGAGAGCUCUGACUAA